AUCCAGUACAUGUCCAUAUCUGCACAUAAUUUGUAUAGUGGCACGUCAACAUGAAGCUCCCACUCUGGCCCCUCGUGGCCCUCCCUCUCUCCUCCGCCUUCCAUCUCCCCCAAACACCUCUGCAAGAUGUCACCGACGUCGAUGUCGAUCUGGAGCUGGACCUCCUCGACAUCGACAGUCUAACCACCUCGCUGGCCGGUGCCCUGCACAGCUCCACGACCGACACCUGGGCCACCUACCUCGACGACCUUCUCACACGCGACGACAACCCGGAGAACCUGCCUCAGGAAUUGUCCCAGCUGCCCCCGCCAUUCCGCCAUCCGUCCCCGCCGCCCUUCCACCGCCACCCGCCCUCCAACAAGAGUCUCUACGAUCUGAUCCUCUCAGACCCAGACACCACCAUCCUCGCCAAAUUCAUCAGCCACGACCAACACCUCACCGAUCUGCUGAAUGCCACUGCUGCCAAUCUGACCUUUUUCGCUCCCACGGACGACGCCAUUCGCCGAAUCCACCGACACUACCGGCACCACCACCGGCACCACGACAAAGACGACAAUGCCAGCAACAAUGACAAUACCAUUAACAACAACAACAAAGAAAACAAAGACCCCGACAACGACCACAACCACGACCACACCCGCAACCCUCCCAAAUCCUUCAUCCGCUCCAUCCUCCACUACCACACCAUCAACGGCACUUACUCCCCCGCCAAACUCUUCCACACCCACACCCUCCCCACAACCCUAACCUCCGCCGCUCUCACCCCCUCUUCCUCCUCCCACACCCCCCUCCCCCAACGCCUCACCAUCCGCUCCACCUGGAAAGGCCUCACCCUCAACUUCUACGCCCGCAUCACCUCCCUCGACCACCGCGCCUCCAACGGCAACCUCUACCACCUGAAUUCCAUCCUCCUCCCACCCCCACCCUCCCUGACACUCCUUAACCUCGUCCCGUCCGAAUUCAGCACUUUCGUCUUAGCACUCUACAAAACUGGCCUGGAUGAGUGGUUGAACCUCUCCACCCCCUCCACCACCACCACCUCCUCCCUAUUCCUUACACCCCAAAACAACCCCACCAACCCCCCCACCAACACCAAGAACCAAAAGGGGGGAUUGACAUUGCUCAUCCCCACCAACACAGCCUUCAAAACCACAUUCUCCCCCCAAACCCUCGCAUGGCUCUUCAACUCCCCCCGUGGCAUCCACCACCUCAAAGCCCUCCUAGAAUAUCACAUCGUCCCUUCGGAAACCGUCUACUCGGAUACAUUGUAUACGAAAGAGGGGAAGAUUGUCGAGUUCGGGAUGAGGGAUUCGGUCAGGUUGGAGGUGCAGACCCUACUGUCUAAGUGCCAUCAUCAUGGAGAAGGUGGAGGGGGUGGGGAUGAUGGGGAGGGAGAAGGGGAGGGGGAUGAAAAAGAGGAAGUUAUUAUUGAUGUGGGACGGUUCGGGCCGUAUGCGUCGCUGCGGGUUAAUGGGUUCCAGCGUGUUCGGGUGGCGGAUCUUUUGGCGGAGGAGGGGAAUGUGCAUGUGCUGGGACGGGUGUUGAUUCCGCCGAGACGGGUGGGGGGAGAGAUUCUUGAGGAGGGUGCAGAGGAGAUGGGGAUGGGGAUGGGGAUUGAGGAGGUGAAGCGGAGGUUGGAGGGGUUUGUUCAUUUUGAUGGAGAUGGUGAGGAGGAGGCAGGGGAGUGGCUACAGGAUGAGGACUACGGCCAUUGGACUGAACUGUAAAUUGAAUGUGUGAUGUGAUAUUCUGUAAGCAUAAAAGCAACGACCUAUCUAACCAACAUCUUAUCUUCAGUAUAUGCCCGCCGAGCCCACAGCGUACAUCCAGACUG